CCGGAAGGGCCCGGGGUGGGUGCGUGGAGGUGGCGUCGGGCACGGAGGCGGUGCUGGGGCUCCCGUUCCGCCUCCUCUGCAUCGCCUGCAAGCGCCGCAGCGAGACCCCAGCCGAGGCCACCGGAGAGUGGUUCUUCCGCGGGGAGGGAGACACCGCCUUCCACAAGAUCCUGCAGUACAGCCCGGAGGAGGGCCAGUGGGUGGCACCGGGCCCCUUCGAUGGGGUGCUGGUGUGGAACGGGUCGCGGGGCACGCGGGACCUGCAGGACCUCUCG